CCAGCUGACGCCAAGCCCCACAUCAAGUGUGAGGAGCAGCAGGGGGACCCCCAGGGGCCGGCCCCCCACCACUGCAAGGACUGCAACCGCAGUUUCCCUGAGCGGGACGCCCUGAUUUCCCACGUCCUGCGCACCCACUUUGGCGAGCGAGCACUGCCUUGCUCGCAGUGCGGAAAGUUCUUUGGCAGCGACAGCAGCCUGGCGGCCCACCAGAGCACCCACUGCCUGGAGCGAGUCUUCACCUGCAUCGACUGCAAGAGCAACUUUGUCUAUGAGGAGCAGGAGGCGGCCCGGAUCCACGCCCAGCUGGCCCUGGGGAAGCUUUUCAAGUGCUUUGGCUGCAGCUGCAAGAUCGCCGCCCUCCUGGCCAGAGACCAGAAGCCAGACACACAGGAGGGCUGCCCCCCCUUUGGGCAGCUGGAUGCCACCUUCUACAGCCGCCAGCGCGCAAUGGAGCAGGUCCGCCAGCGGGCCGCCCACUGGACCACCUCGGAGACCAAGGCCUUUGUGGAGCUGUGGGGGGACGACCGCGUCCAGACGGCCCUCUUCGACAACUAUCGCAAUGAGGUGCAGUACAAGCGGCUGUCAGACAAGAUGCGGAAGAUGGGCUUCCACCGCAACCUGGAACAAUGCCGCCAGCGGGCCAAGGACCUGCGCAGGGGCUUCAAGGAGAUCCAGGACGGCAACCUGCACUCCAACCGGGCGCGCCAGACCAUGCCCUUCUUUGCCCUCCUGGACCGCUUCCUGUUGAUGAGCCGGGGGCUGGUGGUGCCCAAGGUGUGCCUCAACAGGACCAAGCAGAGGGGGCGCAAGGGCAGGGGGCGCAGAGAGGGGCCCCAGGGAGAAGCCCCCUUCCUGCUCACCCUGCCCGCCCAGCACCCCAACAUGCGGGACCUGACGCUGCAGGAGCAGGAUCCGUACCUCCAUGCACUGGCACUCCCCGACUUCCACCUGCAGAGCCGCUUCCCAAGCCAGUAUCGCCAGGGGGCCAGCCUCCAUGGCUACCAGCUGCCGGCCCCCGGCCAGGACCCCCCGGCCAAUGCUGUGGGGCUGCCGGGCUGCCCGCUGGACGGGCAAGACAAGGACUCGCCCGCCCUGCAACUGGCAGACUUCUCCCUGCGGCCGCAGGACCCAGACGCCUCCCUCGCCAUGGAGUCCUGCCGGGCAGCCGCUCGAAGCCAGAGCCAGGACAUGGUGCUGAGUCCCAUCAAUGGGCUUUCAGCCACCAGCAGCCUCUGGUCAGAGAUCGCCAGCAUGACUACUACGGAGAACCCCACUGGUGUGGCAGCCCCAGGAAGCGCCCAGCCCUGGCACCCUGGGAAGGCCCCCAGCUCCUCUGCAAAGCGGAUGCGUGACCUCCGCUUGCGCCGCAGGAGGCAGCGGGCCGCCAUGGCACGGGUGCUGCUGGGCGCCAGCUACCGCCCUAAUGACCGGACAGUGUGGAGCAAGACGCAGAAGACGGACUGGUGGGACAACCUGGUGGCUGGGCCAGCCAAUGACAGCGAGUGGGUGCGCUACUUCCGCAUGUCGCGGGAGGCGGUGCUGGAGUUGGUGGAGAGGCUGCGCCCAGUGCUGCAGCGCGAGGACACCAACAUGCGGGCUGCCAUCCCCGUCGACAAGCGUGUGGCGCUCACGCUCUGGAAGCUGGCCACCUCGGACAGUUACCGCUCGGUGGCCAACCAGUUUGGUGUGGGCGUGUCGACCGCCUCGGUCAUCGUCAUGGAGGUGUGUGAGGCCAUUCACGACGUCCUGCUGCAGCACGUGGUCCACCUGGGGGAUGCCCAGGCUGUCAUGGAGGGCUUUGAGCAGCUUGGCUUCCCCAACUGCAUUGGCGCCGUGGACGAGACCCACAUCCCCAUCCUGUGCUCACCACACGGCGCGUCGGCCUACAUCAACGGCAAGGGGCUGGUCUCCAUGGUGCUGCAGGCCCUGGUCGACAGCACAGGGCGCUUCAUGGACGUCUAUGCUGGCUGGUCGGGCGGCCUGCAGGACUCGGGCCUGCCGUGGGGCUCCCCGCUCUUUGAGCGCAUGGAGAAGGGCACCUUUGGCCCCCAGACCACCACAGAGAUUGAGGGUGUGGCCGUGGGACCCGUCCUGCUGGGGGGUCCUGCCUGCCCCCUGCGGCCAUGGCUGAUGAAGCCGUACACAGAUGCCCCGGAGGGCCCCCGGCAGCGCUUCAACCUGUUGCUGGGCAAGUGCCGCAUGGCCGUCACUUACGCCUUUGAGCGUCUCAAGGGCCGCUGGCGCUGCCUCCUCAAGCGCCUGGACGUGGCGGAGAAGAACGUCCCGCUGGUCAUCAUCGCCUGCUGCAUCCUGCACAACAUCUGUGAGAGCCGCAACGAGGCCAUGCAGGAGGGCUGGGAGGAGGGCAUGGACUAUGCCGACCUGCCCUCGGCAGAGGGCCACGCCAACACCUUCUUGGACGUGGAAGAAGGGGCUGGGGAGGCACACAGCGUCCGUGCGGCCUACUGCGAAUUCUUCGAGAAGAGGCGGCAGGCAGAGGAGCUCUGAAGGGCGCUGUGCGUUG